GAAGAGCGAGUCACUCCCCUCCAACUCCACUUCAAGACUUUUGGAAAUGCUUCAACCCUCUUGUGUUCCAUUACUAUUAUCGUGUCAUAAAACGUGUGACAUUUUCUUGAAUUUCACAGUCAGACAAUAGUAAUGUCAGUACACAGUUGUGAAUCGGAGGAUAGUGCCAGCUGUGACGGUGCAGAAGGUGAAAGGUAUCUGCCAUGUUCUGCCUCUGGUCUCGACUCAGCUAGAUUAACUAUUGUUGUUGGAGACGAACACUUCUCUGAGGAGAGAAUGUUGCUUGUUCAGAGCUGUGACUAUUUCCAAGCUCUGUAUCGCUCUGGAAUGAAGGAAUGUCAGCAAGAAGAAAUCCAUCUCAAGUCUCUGCAUGCUCGAGGCUUUAUUAUCGCCUUGGCGGUUUUACGUGGUGAGAUGCCCAUUCUGGAUGGAGACGAUAUUGUUGAAGCUAUUGAAUGUGCUGCUUUCUUGCAGGUGACACCACUCAGCAAAUAUCUUACCAGUCUCAUUGAUACUGAAAACUGUUUGUUGAUGUAUCACACUGCUGCAACCUUCGGCCUCAUGGAUCUUUACCACGCUGCUGCACUGUUCAUUCGAGACAUGUACGCUGACCUGGAGGCAGAUGUCAAGAAAACCUUACCGUUAGAGCUGAUCUCUUAUGUGGAGUCUUUGACCCCGAGUGUUUUCGUGGCUGUAGGGGCUCACGUGACCUGUGGUGUUGAUGAAACUGUUCAUGCUGCGUCCAGGACGAUCUGCUACCUGGAUGAAGCUAGCAAUAACUGGAAAGUAUUAACAGAUCUUCCUCUAGAGGCCAGCACUUCCUUGGCUGGAGUGACUGUUUUAGACAACAAACUUUACAUUAUUGGAGGAGUUCAUGGAGUCCACAAACAGGUUGUGGACUCUUGUUUCUGCUACAGUGUUGAAAGCAAAAGCUGGAGCAGCAUUCCCAGUCCCGCUCAGCUGCGCUAUAAUCUCAGCUUGGUGGGUGUAGAUGGUAAUCUUUAUGCCAUUGGAGGAGAGUAUGAGCGAACGUUGAUGUCAUCUGUGGAAACAUACAACGUAAAGACCAGGAUGUGGACAUUUGCUGCUCACUUACCUCGGCCAGCAGCAGGAGCAGCUUGUACCAAAACCAUGAGCCGAAUAUUUGUGUGUUUAUGGAGACCAAUGGAGACCACAGAGAUCUACGAAUAUGUGCCAGGGAAAGACGAGUGGCGGCUUGUUACCACGCUGAUCCGGCACCAGAGUUACGGACACUGCAUGGUCGGCCACAGGGACAAUCUCUACAUCAUGAGAAAUGGCCCAUCUGACGACUUCUUAAGAUGCUUGAUGGACUGCUAUAAUCUGAGCUCGGGCCAGUGGUCAUCCCUGCCGGGACACUUCGCCAACAGCAAAGGCUCACUGUUUACAGCUGUGGUGAGAGGGGACUCUGUGUUCACGCUCAACAGAAGCAUGACUCUAGAAUACACAGUUCACAGUAAAAACUGGAAGCCCAGGCGACAGAUGAAAGGUUUCCCCAGAAGUGGAUCUGUGUGGACAUUUCUGCUUCGUCUGCCAGACACUCUCAUGAUGCAGUAGUGACUUUGUUUGAUUUGGGAUUCACUGGAUAGUCAGCAUCUUUUUACAAUCAGAAGUGUGGUUUCAGAAGUAUUUCCUGUGGUCCUGGCCCCAAUUGUUAGGGUUAGAGCAAGUUGUGGUUUGCAUAUGGGUAAAGUCUCAAACACAAAUUGAUGGUGAAAAUAACUUGGACACAACAGAGGCCACCACUUUCUCUUGUUAAGGGUAAAGUCACAGGUCUUGUUCAGACAUGUGAUCUGUGUGCAUUUGUAUAUUAAUUUUAAUGUCAACAAAUUCCACGGAAAGACAAAAACCAACAAUACAAUUGUGCUACUAGAAAAAAAUGGGUUGUGUGCCUAUAAUCUGAUUUAGCUUAUUUGGUUUUUCCAGAGAGCCCUGCUGCUCUGCAGAAGCACAUUAGUGAGCCACAUGGCAUAUCUUUACAAAAAUAUGGGCACUGUAGUAUAUUUAGAAACACUUCCACAGACUCAUAACAGUGAUGAGUUUCACCAUCUCUGAAGAAUAAUUCCUGUCAGGCAAAAGUAUUUGCACAUGCCCAGAUAGAUACACACAUGGUUACACUGCUUCAAUAGCUUCUUGUGCUAUUUGUCUCAUACUGUUGACUCUGGACGUAAGUUAUUUGAAAAAGGCCUAAUGUCUCAUACAUGGUCUGCUCAAUACAAUGAAUAGGGAUGUAUGGACAAGACAAAACUGUUGGAUGUGAUGGAUUCAUAGCUUAAUGAAUCAAUCAAUUCAUUAAGCAGUUAAUUUCACAGUCUGCAGUUUUUGAAUCUUCCUUUCCUCACUGGCUGCAGCAGUUGUGCUGUUUUUUGCCUUUAUCAUAUUUUAAACUCCUUUUAUUAGUUUAGGUUUAUAAUUUGUUUUUCUCCUGAGAAAUAUAUAAAGUUGGCUACACUUAUCUGUAGCUCUGUGUACAAUAUGAGAGUCAGCCUGCCUAUACAAAUUAUGUUUUUACGUUAUUACUCCACUAAGGAACGGGGCAGAAUUAUGUGACAAUCGAUGUUGGUUUGUCUGUCUGUCUGUUAGCAACAUUACUCAGAAACAGACUAACGGAUUUACAUGAAAUUUUCAGGGAAGGUCAGAAAUGACACAAGGACCAAUUGAUUAGAUUUUGGCAGUGAUGCAGCUUAUAGUCUGGAUCCAAGAUUUCUGUAUCAUUGAUAAUGACACAGAGUCACUGUAACUAUGACUACAAGUGAACACUAUGUCAACUACCUGCUGAUGGUUACAUGAUUGUGAUCCUACUACAAAUCGACCUCUGCGGACUCAUCAGGACUUAUCCAUCGGAAAUGAUACAAGAAAUGAGCAUCCUUGGUGGAGUACUGCGGUCUCUGAGAGGCAGUGUUUAUUUUUUACUUGCUCUCAGACUGUUUUUUACCAUCAGGACUGCAACUAAAGGAAUGACACAAAAGCUGUGGUUUUUGAACAGAAUACACAGCUGAAAUUAUAAUCAGAUGUAGUCAUGCCCUAGUAAUUUUGGAGAAAUAUCGAUAAGCCUGUUGACUUACUGGUUCAGUCAGCUUUCUGCCCUGCUAGGCUGCAGCAGUCUUAAUUUAGUCUGUAUUAUAUGUAAAACCUUGACAUUAUCUAAUUUUAUCGUACCUUUCCUUUCAUUUGUAAAUGAAGUCACUGUGGUGCCAGUAGACUUGUUCAUGAUUGGACAUCUGGUGCCAACUCUGCCUUUUUCAUUUCAGAAACCUUUGGUUGACUUACCAACUUGAUAAAAAGCUUUGUGAGACUGUUUAUUUCAACAAUAGUUGUUAGUUUAAAUGAAGCCAGAUAACGAAAAGAUAGCCUGGGUAUGUUAAACUUGCUUUGUAAAACAGGUCCCUGACAUGUGAGUUAAAUGUUGGAUACAUGCUUAUUCCAGAAAGAUUUUUGUAUCUUCUAUCAUGCCCAAUAGCUUUUCAAAAAGUAAAAAACACAACAAAAACAUCAUUUAGCAAAAUUAGCAAGUCUUUCUUUUGUUGUUGUUUGUUUGUUGUUUUUUUUUUGCCUUAAAUGUUGUUUUCGCUUGAUGCUGGUUAAGUUGAGAAAUAGAUUAUGCUUUUGGUUAAAAUCCAUUGUGAAGUAUUUGGCUAGUUAGGAGUGAGAUCAGAUUUCUAUUUCCAGUAAUUAUGACCGUAGCAUCACAUUUUCAGAAUUCUGGCAUUAAUUUGGUGCUAAAGUGUUGUUCUCUGUGGCAUCCCUGCCACAAAUAAAUGUUUUUAGAAAACCAGCUUUGUUCCCGUAAAUGCACCAUACCCAGUGUGUCACAAGAACUAGAGGAAAGUCAUUGCUAUUAGUCCAGGUGGUUGCUGGAAAAUAAACUGUGGUGUCCAUAUUCUUUUAAAUAAGAUAUCAUGUAAUCCAGUGUCUCCCUGAAGUGUUUUAAUAGCUUUCAGACGCCACAGAUUAAAAAAAUAAGAAAAAAAAAGCUAAACCAGAUUUUUGAUAAACAGAUGAUGUAUAUCAGUGGGAUCAAUCUGAUGUUGGUUUUGAUCUUUGAAUGGGGUUUGUUAAUAAUAGAAAAAUGCAGAAAUCCCCAAAGUUGUCCUUAAAAGUUACUGCCGCCACCCCUCCCGUAUUAUCUUCUUACAGGACUCCUCUCAUCAGUAGUCUGUACUCAUAUUUUAUGCUGCUCUAAGUUACUGGUUGACCACAAAGCUAAAAAAAAGCAACAAUACACUACAGCAAAACAAAAUUCCUUAAAAAGUUCAAAAUCCUGCUAAAUCCUACAGCUAGCACUUAGUUAGCUUAAUUUAACUUUACAAUAAAGCUGUAAUUUUAUAUAUUAUGUCUAAGUAAUCAGGAAAUGAACAUUAAUUAGGGUGAAUUUUCGAGGAAAACUGAGUUGUAGAGAUGUAUGACUGCGGGCCUUCACCAUCAUCAGGAUGUGUAGAAUAAAUGUUUUUAUAAUGCAGUCAGUGUGUCUGUGCCUGCUGCUGGCUCCAUGUGAAGUCCAGUGUUCAUCCUCACACAGAGCUUCUGUUUCCUGCAGCAGCCUCUGUUUCCUGUUGGCACUGAUGAUGAUGACGAUGAUGGAGGUUAACGGCAGGCAGAGCCAGGCACCACGGUCAGCCGGGCCAGGCGCCAGCAGCAGGCAGCGAUGCUAAAUCUGACUGAGAAUAAAGAGCGAGUGCGGGGUCAGGCCAGGACACAGCGGCCUCCAUAACCCCCAGCCUCAGUCUGGGAGAGAAGCCAGGAACCAGAGCUCUGAGUCGGUGACGGAUGAACGUCAGUCUACUAAACAUUAAUCACGUUAUCAGUGUUUGACCACAUGGUGGGUUAGUGUGCUGUCUGCUUUGCUGCGCUGCAAAGUCUCGGAUCACUUUCAAAUGAUACACAUUUUUCAACAAAAACUAACCGAGAACAAAAUGGCUACUGUCCUUCUUUUUAUUAUCUCUGUCUUUUUCCCCAGUAUUGGAAGAACUAAAUAACAUUUCUCAAGUGCAGUAUUUCAUUUAAAAGUAAUUUUAGUGUAUGUAUGGGUUUGAUUUCAUGCUACAUUCAUAUUUCAGUUCACUAGUGUACAUUUAGGACUUUUUGACAACCUUAGCUACUACAUUUUGCGGAUGAUGCAAAGUAACAAGUUACUAUUUGAUCAAAUUAUCAUGUAUUAAUAUAAACUGAGCCUCCAGCGGUAUGUAACAUGUAUAAAAACACCCCACCUUCACCAGCUGUAGCACAGACUAAAGUCAUUCUCACACCAACAGUUGUAACACAAAAUACACUAGGAAAGCACUCAGAGAGCGCAGUACUCCACGAAGUCUGUUCAUUCAUUGUCAGAAAUGCAGCAUUUUUUAAAAAUAGCUUAGUUAUCCAUGAUCAGAAAUCACAGCAACAUAGAAUGCGGCCAUUUAAUAUAGAUAUACCCACAAACAAAAUGACCUUGCGCUGAGCAAAGGCAUGUGUUUUGCAUGUGUACGUUAAGUACAGAUACAGAAUCACGUGACCUAAAUAUGUAGCGGGUGGCAGGAAUUGAUGGGACUCAGAAACACCCCCACAGUUUAAUCAAUUGUUCCUUGUAUCCUUUUCGACGGAUAAGUCCCGAUAAGUCUGUAGCGGGUCGAUUUUGUGGUGGGAUCACAAUCGUGAUCAUCAGCAGGCAGCUGACAUAGUGUUCAUUUGUUGUCAUAGUUACAGUGACACCAUGCCGCUAUCUCGCAGUGACACAGAAAUCCCACGAUCGUGAUCGUAUAUCCGGGUUCAGCCCUAAUGUUAUUUUCUAUCUACUGAGCCUGUGCCAUUUGGAGGGAAGUGAAAUACAGUAUAUCUUGUCACUGGAAGUAGUUUGCACUGUUCAAACAUAAAAACGUUACCUUACUUCAGGUAUUUGUUUCAAAAGCUUUAUUUUAUGAAAAACCGAGAUUUGGAAAUUUGUGUUUCUUGUGCCUUAACUUGUCAUUUUGUAAAGAUGUUAUUUAUUUUUGCUAUUUUUUUAAUUUUACUAUUUGGAAAUACCAGAAUUUGCACGUUAUGUUACAUUUUUGUCUGUCUGAUCACAUCAUUUCUAAAAAAAUAAAUCGGACAUUAUAAUCAAACAGUUACUCAGUACUUGAGUAGUCUUUUCACCAAAUACUUUUUACUCUUACUUGAGUAAUUUUUUGGAUGACUACUUUUUCCUUCUACUUGAUUGAUAUUAUUUUGAAGUAACGUUACUCUUACGUGAGUGCAAUUUUUGGCUACUCUACCCACUUUUGCCAAAAUGUAAUCAGUUGGUCCUUGUGUCAUUUCUGACCUUCCCUGAAACGUUCAUCCAAAUCCAUUUUUGAGUAAUGUUGUUAACAGACAAACAAACAGACAAACCAACACCAA